AUGGGAGAAGCUGGGCUGCCCCAUGAGCUACCGUUUCCUCUGACCGACACGGAUCGAUACGUGCUCUCUCAGACAGACGAAGAAUACAAAUACCAUGACUGGGCCGAACUUAAGAACAUCAUUGGUCAGUAUCCUCUGCCGGAAUACAGUACCUACGUGCCUUUAAAGAAGGCAGUUGAGACAUCGGGAACUGAAAAAAGAAAGCCCUCGGACCUUCGCAAGUACAUAAGAUGGAGCGCAGCGACCCGCAACGAGUACGGGUCGAUGACCAAGUACCUGUUGGUCAACAGACUUCCGCGGGCCUGGGGCGAGCCACCCUUUAGCCCUAUGUCGCAGACGCCCUUUCAAGACGCAUCCGACUAUCGCGUCUUGGUCAAUGACUGGCCUUACGGCUUCACUGCAGGCAUUGUCCAUAUUGUCGUGUGGUCACGAACCAUCAUCCCGACCGACCCCACAACAGGCGAUAUGACGCCCGAAAGUCGGAAGAUUGUCGCCGACUUUGUCGAGAGCUAUUUCGUGGACCGUCUCGGCCCAGGCGGCCAAGAAAAGGUCCUGUGGUUCAAAAAUUGGGUUGCAUUGCAGAGCGUUCGAGCCCUGGAGCAUAUUCAUGUCAUGGUCAGAGACGUGCCUGCGGAGAUAGUCCAGGAGUGGGCGCAGGAGCAGGCGUGCCAUAAGCUUGACGGAACAGCUGGCUCAUAG